AUGAAAUACUCCCCCUGGUACCACCAGUGUAUUGCUUAUCCGAUCCAGGCCCUGAAUGCUGCCAUAAAGCUGGAGGAGUAUACCAUCACCGACCGCGGCACGUUCCUCUCAAUUGAACAGGAUGUCGCGAGUAAGGCUGUUAUCUUCAAGGCUUCUACUGAUGAGCCUUCUGACCCGCUUCUCAACCCUGCUCAUAUCCUUGUCGGCAAGAAUGCCGAGUACGAGAAGAUGGCUGAUAAGUUCGCUCAGUGGGCUAUCGGCUCUGAGGGCCAGAAGGUUAUCACUGGAUUUAACAAGAAUGGCCAGCAGCUGUACACCGGUGCGCCUGCUAACCGGACGGCGCAGUUCUAA